CAUUCCUACAGGAUGGAAGGAAUUUUGAACGUGUUGAGAGACAGCAAUAUUUUGGUUUUUGUUAUUGUGUAUUUAUCGUUCCUGUUGGAUAAUGUUUUAUUAACUGUUGUGGUGCCAAUCAUCCCGGAUUAUCUCUUCUCCAACGUCUUAAAUGUGACUGUGGCAGAUGAGAAUUCCCACUUCGGUCCCGCAUCUUUGAGUCCCCUCCAAAGAAAAUACGAAACCUUGGAGGACGACAAUGGACCGUUGGGAGCCUUGCUUGCUUCCAAAGCCUUCGUACAAUUGGCUUUUACACCAAUCGUCGGAUAUCUAAUCGAAGUACUUGGUUGUAACAUACCUUUGCUCUUGGGAUCCUGCAAUAUGUUACUGGCAGCAAUUUUGUUUGCAUAUGGAAACUCCUACGGAAUUUUAGUUUUGGCACGAGCCCUCCACGGUAGCUCUUCGGCCGCCAUAGCAGUGAGUGGAAUGUGCAUUCUAGCCAAAAAUGUGCCCAAAGAUUUAAGGUUUAAAUUUAUGCCCUUGGCUUUUGGAGGCAUUGCUCUGGGUGUUUUAAUUGGUUAUCCGUUAGGUGGGGCAGCUUAUGAACUGAUGGGCAAGGCAGCUCCGUUUCUGAUGAUAGCUUUCUUCAUCAGUAUUAGCAUUGUGCUUCAAAUAACAUUACUUCAAGAAAAUGAUAUGGAUGAGUUACCAGAUGUGCAAACAAGCUAUUACGAUUGGAUUAACUUGCUCAGAGAUAAGUCAACUUUGAUUAUAACCGGUGCUAUAUGUAUAUGCACUUCAUCGAUGGCGAUCUUAGAACCUUGUGUGCCAAUCUGGCUUCUAGGUCAUCUGAAUCCACCGCCAUCGAAAUGGCAACUGGGAGCUGUAUUUAUUCCAGAUAGUAUUGGUUACUUCAUUGGCUCACAUUUUGCUGCAUUAUUACCAGUGGCACCAUGGAGAACCACAAUAAGUGCGAUGGUUUUAACAGGCUUGAGCUGCUGCGCUUUGCCACUUGCCAAUAAUUUAUUCCAACUGGCAAUUCCACACUUCGGUCUUGGGUUGGGUGUUGGAAUUGUGGAUGCUGUUUUGGUGCCAUUACUGGCUAAUCUGGUUGACAGCAGGGGCAGCUCUCAGUAUGGUCCAGUUUAUGCUUUACAACAAGCUUCUGUUAGUCUGGCUUAUUCCUUUGGUCCUCUUUUAGGAGGUGAAGCUGUUCGAGUGUUUGGAUUUCCAUGGCUAAUUAGAAUUGUUGGGUUUAUGAAUUUAUUAUUUUGCCCCUUAUUGUUGGAACUUGAAAAGAAUAAGGAAAAUAGAUCCCAAUUGUUGGGUGAAGAUGUGGUAUCUUCAUAUUCAAGUUUUGAAAACACUAAUACUUCAGAUGAAUGGAAAUAAAUUAUAACAAUUUGUCUACUUUAUGACAUGGACCCAGUUGAAGAGGAAAUGUUUCAAAAAAUCAUAAAACAUUUUCUGCUUUAUACUUAUAAUAGAAUAAGUAUUACUAGAUUAGACAUAUUAAUUAAAUAGAAUCAUUUGUAGA